AUGAGCUUCGCCGGCCUCGGUGACUUCGGCGGCUCAGGCGCUCCUCCCUAUGACCAGGGAGCCCCUGCACAGGGCUCCCUUGGGGCACCAGGCGAUCCUGGGGCCCCGGGUGCCCCGGGGGAAGUGCGAGGAGUGGCGGACUUCUUCGGUGGGGGGGCGGCUCCUGGAUUUGGAGGAGGCAAGAAACGAACAACUACCCAUCCCUUCUUCUUUUUGCCUGCGCCUGCUUGCACCUGCAUGCAGAUAAUACAGAUGUGCCUGACAUUAGCCACAAGCCUUUAUCCUGACAUCCUCCCUACGACUGCGGGCGCGCUUGCUCUGAGCAUCUCUCUUGGAGAUGCAUUUCGUAUUCUCCACAGUUCAUUUGCAGGAGGAAGCAGCAGGGAGGAUCUCUGUUUUGCAAUGCUGAUUCCACAUGUCUACAGGGCCUGGAUGCAGGACCCGAGCUCCCUCCAAGUGUCUUUUUUCCCUUCUGGUCCCCUUCUGCACCUGGUGAAGCUCGUCGGGGUAGUGGAUGUUCCUUCUAGAGAGACACUCGAAGCGGCACUGCAUAGCGCGAGGAUUCAAUUCACCCUCGAUGACUUCACCGGGAGGAUAGAGUGCGAAUAUACAGUCGGAGACGAGCUGACAGAGUAUCGUCAAAACCAAAUCCUUGAUGCCUUGUGUUGUGGGGGCCUUGUGACAAUCUUCGGCUCUAUCAAUUUGCUUGGCAAAAGUGAACCUUCCCUCCGUGUCCAUGCAAUCAGGCAGACGCAAACGGCCGCGGAUCUCAUUUAUCACGAAUCUGCAUGCCAAGCCGCAUAUCUGCGCCUCAAAUACCCCAAUGAAGACCCUGACGGUGCUACGGGAGCUGGCCAGCAACAAUCGCUGCAGCCGUCGCUGCUACAGCAGCAGCAGCAGCAAAUGCACCCCUUCGGAGUCCCGCAGCGUAGAACAGCACUUUCCUGCACGUGGCCAGAGCGGCACGAGCAGCCAUAA